AUGACGGAUUGGGUGACAUUCCGAGACACAUAUAAGAACCUGAUCCACAACGAUAAUAGUCUCUCCGAUAUGGAUAAGUUUACUUAUCUACGCACAUCCCUCACCGGUGAAGCACUACAGGAGAUCGCCGCGAUUGAGAUGUCCUCCGCCAAUUAUGCCAUUGCGUGGGAGGCAUUGGAAAACGCUUUCGAGAAUAAGAAGCUUUUGGUGAUGACUCACCUUGAUUCUUUGUUCUCUCUCGAGCCACUUCGUCAAGAAAGCUUCGAGACGUUGAGCAAACUCGUUAACGGGUUCGAAAAGAACCUCCAGAUGCUCACCAAGGUCGGAGAAGAUCCGGAUGGCUGGAGUACGCUACUACAGUACAUGCUCUGCAAGCGGCUACAUCCCACAACGUUGAGGCAGUGGGAGUCGCACUACAACUCCAAAGAGGUUCCGAACUACAAAGAUCUGGUCAAGUUCCUGAAGAGUUACUGUUCGGUGCUGCAGUCCAUCACCCCUGUGAAGCCAUUCCAAACCGAAGCGAGGAAAACUGUUCGUCCGUCUAGUAGGCAUGCCGGAGUCCAACCACCCAGUAGCUGUCCAUUUUGCGGAGAACCUGCUCACUCCGCCUUUAAGUGCGCGAAGUUUUCGAAGAUGAGGAUUUCGGAAAGGGUCGAUGUCGUGAAGAAACAUUCGCUUUGUUUGAAUUGCCUGUCAUCGGGGCACAUCGCGCGAUUCUGCACCAGAGGAUCGUGCUUCCACUGUGGUCAACGUCACCACUCGUUGCUUCACGCGAACUCAUCGACCACCGCGAAUCCGUCAAGUAAAUCUGGACAGUCAAAUGGGAAUCAACAAAUGAAGAAACCACAAGGACAGAACACGCAACCACCACAAGCUAAGCUAACACCAAACGGUCACUCAACACACACUCAGCCUACACAAAGUGGACGCACAGAACCACCGAAUUCCACAAAUGCAAGCAAUGCUCAUUCACACAUUUCCGCCACAGACUGCCCCAGUACAAGUUAUCACACUACACCUCUUGCAACUACACGACACGUUCCACACACUGUUUUGCUCUCUACCGCUGUCGUAAAUCAUUGCGAUCAGUUUGGUAACUCCUUACUCGCUCGUGCGUUGCUGGACUCCGGGUCCCAGCGAUGCUACAUAUCUGAAGCCAUUUCGCAAAGGCUUAAGUUCAAGCGAUCCCGUGAACAUUUACCGAUUGCUGGAAUCGGUGGAUCGCGAACUGCUUCCACUCAAGCAGUUUUCGCUGAGGUUCAUUCGCUUGUCACAAAGUACGUGACGAAUCUCAAAUUCCACGUGCUACCGCGAGUGACUGUCGAUCUUCCGACACGAAGCAUCGAUAUUCGAUCUUGGAACGUGCCGAAAAAGCUAGUGUUGGCUGAUCCGACAUUCCAUGAGUCCGGAGCAGUUGACCUGAUAAUAGGAGCUGAGGUGUACCUGGAGCUGAUGAUCGCUGAACGUCAAAUCAAGCUAGGAGAUUCCGGUCCGAUUCUGCAGAACACUCUGCUGGGCUGGAUUGUUUCCGGAGGCAUUCCGGACGAGUCUGCAUCUCUACCAGCGGUAUCAGCAUGCGCAACUGAGAAGAUUGAAGAAGGAUUGGCACGUUUCUUUGAGCUGGAAUCAUGCCGCACUACCAGCACGUUGUCUUUGGAGGAGUCAGCGUGUGAAACACACUUCGAGAAAACGACGAAGAGGGACUCAAGCGGCCGAUUUGUCGUCCAGCUACCGAAGAAGCAGUUUUUGAUUGAUCGCCUAGGAGACACUCAAGCCAUUGCCACUCGUCGCUUCAUGGCACUGGAGCGAAGAUUGGAUACUGAUCCUGCAGUGAAGAAAAUGUACAUCGAGUUUAUCGACGAGUAUCUUCGCAUGCAACACAUGCGAGAGAUUUCACCACGAGAGUUGAGCACCUUUCCAGUCACGUACUUCUUGCCGCACCAUGCGGUACUUAAGCCCGACAGCACGACCACCAAACUGCGCGUCGUUUUUGAUGCGUCGUGUGCAAGCACUUCUGGAGUGUCGCUAAACGAAGCUCUGAUGGUGGGUCCUGUAGUCCAGGAGGACCUCACUUCGAUUACACUACGUUUUCGUUUACGGAAGUAUGCGAUGACGGCCGACAUCGAGAAGAUGUACAGAAUGAUUAAGAUGCACCCUAUGGACCACUCGCUUCAAUGCAUUAUGUGGCGAGAAGACGCCACCAAGCCGAUUCGAUUCUUCGUACUGACGACCGUCACGUAUGGGACGUCUUCGGCACCGUACUUGGCAACGCGCUGCCUGAGAAAGCUAGCAGAAGAUGAGAAGGCUAAGUUUCCCGUCGCCGCAGACACGAUAAUCUACGAGUUCUACGUAGACGACAUGCUGAAGAGUGUCGACAGCGUUGAAGAGGCAGUUCAACUAUCAAAAGACCUCAUUCACGUUCUCGGCACUGCGGGACUCACUUUGAGGAAAUGGAGUUCAAAUUCCCGAGAACUGCUUGAUCAAAUUCCACCUUAUCUGCGUGAUGAACGGUCGUCUCUGGAUCUCGAACGCUCAAACCCCACCGUUAAGACCCUUGGAAUCAAAUGGGAACCCCGAUCGGACAUUUUUCGGUUCACUGUGCCUCAGUGGAACCCUGCUACUGAGAUCACCAAGAGGAUCAUCCUGUCCGAUUUCCCGAAGCUCUUCGACCCGCUAGGCCUGGUUGGACCUAGUCUAGUUCCAGCCAAGGUAUUUCUCCAGGAUCUUUGGAGAACAAUGUGUUCCUGGAACGAAGCUGUGCCUGACGAGCUUCAAAACUGGUGGAGAGAAUUUCGAGAAAGUUUGGAGGACCUGACCCAGCUUCGCGUUCCUCGUUGGGUUGCGUUUGGAAGCGACACAAUAUCUGCUGAACUCCAUAUGUUCUGUGAUGCGUCCAUGAAAGCGUAUGGUGCCUGCAUCUAUCUGCGGUGCACUUCGUUCGACGGCACUGUCACAGCAGCACUACUCACCGCCAAGUCUCGAGUGGCACCGCUCGAAGAUCUAGAGAAGAAACGGAAACAGACCUCAAUUCCUCGUCUGGAGCUGUCGUCCGCACUCACCGGAGUUCAUCUGUUUGAGAAGGUCGUCCAAAGUAUCAAAAUCACUGCCCAACCGUACUUUUGGACGGAUUCGAUGAUCGUCAAAUGCUGGAUCGCUGCUGCUCCGUCACGCUGGAAUGUUUUCGUUGCAAAUAGAGUGUCCGAGAUACAGCACAUCACCCGUGGAGGCAUCUGGAACCAUAUCGCUGGGCUGGAAAACCCCGCGGACGUUUUGUCAAGAGGAAUGUCUCCAGAUCAACUGAAGGACUACGAGAUGUGGUGGCAAGGUCCACCGUGGCUACGCUUGGACAAGUCUUCCUGGCCGAAAACCGCGACAAUCAACCCGAAGGAUCUGGAUCCUUCGCUCCUUGAAGAACGAACGACGGUAGCGGCCCCAGCUCAAGUUGUCGAACCCAGCCCGAUUUUUGGUCUUCGAUCGUCGCUUCAAGACUUAGUUCGAAUCGUAUCCUUCUACGAAGAUUCGUUCAUAACUGUAGGAACCCCGAUGGUCGGAAGACAGGCCUUAUCAAGCACGAAGAGCGGUCAGAGGCAUUACACCAGCUUCUACUCCUAG